GCAGCAGCUUAAUGUUUAGCCCAAGAUCCGCACACACACACACACACACACACACAUGCACAUACAAAGGGAAGCUAAGGGAUUACAAAGCCACACAGAUCCAUAUGCCGCCCAGGGAUGGAGGGGACGCAACUAAAUGCGAGGAGAACCCAAGGGACUGGCGUUGACGCUGGAGCCUCAUCUGAGUCAGACAGGAGCAUCUCCAGCCAUCCUCUGUCUCCUUCCUUUCGUCUCUACGUUUACGCCCUCCACGGCUGCCUGUGUGAGGUGGUGUUCACGGCCGUGUGGGACUGGUGCAGCACCCAGGACAGAAGGCUGCCGGGACACAGCAGCCUGUGGGCGCUGCCCAUGUACGCCGUCGCAAUCUACGUCAUGGAGAGUCUGAGGGCCCGGCUGCUGGCCUGGCACCACCCACUGCCUGUGCGCCUGAUCACGUACACCGUGUUCAUCUACCUGUGGGAGUUCAGCUGGGGGGCGGGGCUGAGACUGCUGGGGGCGUGUCCCUGGGACUACUCAGGCUACAGGUACAACUUUGGAGGACUGAUUACACUGGAAUAUGCUCUACCCUGGGCUGUGGCAGCUUUUAUAGCAGAGAAGCACGUCAUCAGAAACACUCUGAGGAUAAGACUGCACCACUGAGGUGACUGUGAUCUGACAGAAGGGCUUCCAAAGACAAUCAUUGAGUCUCAUAGUGCUGCUGUUGUGAGUGCAAGUAUGUUUAAACCCAAAUGCAGUGAAUUUUAAGUACCUAUAUCAGGGGCGUUAAGAUCAUUUUAUUUAAAGGGCCACAUCCAGCCCAGUGUGAUCUCAAGCAGGUCAGACCAGUGAAAUUAUAACGUAAUUCAAGGAUUCAAUGAUUUUUAUUGUCAGUUCACCAGAUGCACAGGACAUACAGAAAACUGAGAUAUCGUUUCUCUCUCACUUUGUUAAAUAA